AUGGUCCGCUCCUACGACAAGCAGGCCACGGCUGAAAGCCUGGUCAAUGACCUCGCCGCCCAGAUCAAAGACAAGGUCAUCCUCACCACGGGCGUGUCCCCUCACAGCAUCGGGGCAACCUUUGUCGAGACAAUCGCAAAAGCCCAACCGCGCCUGCUGAUCCUGGCCGGCCGCAGCCUCGACAAGACGCAGCAGACUGCGGAUGCCAUCACCAAGGCCCACCCGAAGGUCCAGGUCCGACUCCUGCAGCUCGACCUGGGCUCCCUCCAGGCCGUGCGAGAGGCCGCAGCGACCGUUAACGGGUGGGACGACGUGCCUCAGAUCGAUGUCCUCGUCAACAAUGCCGGGAUCAUGGCGGUGCCUAAGUAUGCGCUCUCGCCAGAUGGGUUCGAGAUCACCUUUGCCACGAACCACCUGGGACAUUUCCUCUUUACCAAUCUGAUCCUGGACAAGAUUCUUGCUUCUAAGACGAAGCGGGUUGUGAGUGUCAGCAGUGAAGGGCAUCGUUUGAGUCCUAUCCGGUGGGGGGAUUACAACUUCCGCAAUGGCGAGACAUUUGAGACAUGGCGAGCCUAUGGACAGUCAAAAACUGCUAACAUGCUGUUCGCUCUGGCCCUUGCUGAGAAACUGGGGACAACACGCGGUCUGUCGGCGUUCAGUGUACACCCCGGCGUGGUUCCGUCGAAUCUGGGCAGGCACCUGGACUUCAGUCAAGAUCAGGUCGAACUAAGAGCGGUGGAUGCAUCCAUGGGAAAUCGGGAGGCUUGGGAGCCGUACAAGUACAAGACGGAGCAGGAGGGUGCGGCCACGCAUGUCUAUGCAGCGUUUGAGCCCACCUUGGCAGGCAAGUAUCCUCUCAUGAACGGCACCUACCUGGAGGACUCGCACAUUGCCGACCCCUGGGUCGAGACGGUGAAGCCAUGGGCUACCAGUAAUGUUGAAGCGCAGAGGUUGUGGAAGUUGACUGAGGAAUUGAUCGGACAGAAGUUCGAAUAUUAA